UUCUUUUCUGAAGUUUGGAUCGAGGCAAGAACGACGCAAUAUUUGGGAAAGGCUUGCAAUGGUGUUUUCAUGGAGAGAAGAAGGUUCAGGAGCCCGGCAAUUACUGCUUUCGCUUCUGCUCCUUACAAUCUGGGAGACUGGGAGCGGCCAGGUUCAUUACUCAGUCCUGGAGGAGGCCAAACACGGCACCUUCGUGGGCCGCAUCGCCCAGGAUUUGGGGCUGGAGCUGGCGGAGCUGGUGCCACGCCUGUUCCGGGUGGCGUCCAAAGGCCACGGCGACCUUCUGGAGGUAAAUCUGCAGAAUGGCAUUUUGUUUGUGAAUUCUCGGAUCGAUCGGGAGGAGCUGUGCGGGCGGAGUCUGGAGUGUAGCAUCCACCUGGAGGUGAUCGUGGACAGGCCGCUGCAGGUUUUCCAUGUAGAGGUGGAAGUGAAGGAUAUUAACGACAACCAGCCGGUUUUUCCAAUGGCAGUAAAAAAAUUAUUUAUUUACGAAUCCCGGCUGCCUGGUUCUCGGAUUCCGCUAGAGGGCGCAUCAGAUGCAGAUAUUGGAGCCAAUUCUCUGUUGACCUACAGUCUAAACUCUAAUGAUUAUUUUACCUUGGAUAUUAAAAGAAAUGAUGAGAAUAUUAAAUCCCUUGGACUUGUGUUGAAAAAAGUUUUAAAUCGCGAGGACACUCCUGAACAUCACUUACUAAUAACGGCAGUUGAUGGUGGGAAACCAGAGCUCACUGGCACUACUCAAGUGAAGAUCACCAUUCUAGAUGUAAAUGACAACGCUCCAGAGUUUGAGAGGUCUGUCUACAAAGUCAGUUUAUUCGAAAAUGCACCAAACGGUACCCUAGCAGUGAUUGUUAACGCCUCUGAUUUGGAUGAAGGAGUAAAUAAGGACAUUGUAUAUUCUUUCAAUACAGACAUGUCAGCAGAUACUCUUUCAAAAUUCCACUUAGACCCAGUUAGUGGAUACAUCAGUGUAAAAGGUAAUAUAGAUUUCGAGGAAACUAAGUUAUAUGAAAUCCAGGUAGACGCGACAGAUAAAGGAAAUCCCCCAAUGGCAGGUCACUGCACGGUUCUGGUGGAAAUUUUGGACGUCAAUGAUAAUGUACCUGAGUUGGUUAUCAAAUCACUGUCAUUACCCGUAUUAGAAGAUACUCCCCUCGGCACGGUCAUUGCCUUAAUAAGUGUGUCUGACCGCGACUCUGGUGCCAACGGGCAGUUGACCUGCACCCUGUCACCCCACGUUCCCUUCAAGCUGGUGUCCACCUUCAAGAACUACUAUUC